GGAACCCAUCCUGCUCUGCUUCGGGCCAUGUCGAUUCUGCGGUUCAUCGCACUUGCUCUGGUGACAGGGCAUGUAGGGGGAGAGACGAGGAUCAUCAAGGGUUACGAGUGCACCCCUCAUUCCCAGCCAUGGCAGGUGGCCCUCUUUCAGAAGACACGACUUCUCUGUGGGGCAACCCUCAUCGCCCCCAAAUGGCUCCUGACAGCAGCCCACUGCCGCAAGCCCCAUUACCUGGUCCUCCUUGGAGAACACAAUCUGGAGAAGACGGAUGGCUAUGAGCAGAAGCGGAUGGCCACCGAGUCCUUCCCUCACCCCGGCUUCAAUAACAGCCUCCCUAACAAAGACCACCGGAACGACAUCAUGCUGGUGAAGAUGUCGUCUCCUGCCGUCCUUACCCGAGCUGUGCGGCCACUCACCCUGUCCUCACACUGCGUCACUGCGGGCACCAGCUGCCUCAUUUCUGGAUGGGGCACCACGUCCAGCCCCCAGUUGCGCCUGCCUCAUUCCUUGCGAUGUGCCAAUGUCUCCAUCAUCGAACACAAGGAGUGCGAGAGCGCCUACCCGGGCAACAUCACAGAGACCAUGCUGUGUGCCAGUGUUCGGAAGGAGGGCAAGGACUCCUGCCAGGGCGACUCUGGAGGCCCUCUGGUCUGUAAUGGAUCUCUUCAAGGCAUCAUCUCCUGGGGUCAGGACCCGUGUGCAGUCACCAGAAAGCCUGGUGUCUAUACAAAAGUCUGCAAAUAUAUUGACUGGAUCCACGAGACUAUGAGAAACAACUAA